CACCACACUACAUUACACAACAUUAACAUAAAAGUCUUCUUUAUUCUUCUCUGCUUAUGUCACGAGUUUCCUCGGGUUCUCUUCCUCCUCCCCUCUCCUCCUCUCUCUGAUCUCACUGGUAUAUACAGAGCCACAUUGAACCAUAUGCUCUUCCUCAUUUAAAGCCAGCUCCCCUCCCUCUCUCCACAUCUCUCUCUCUCUCUCUUCCAUCUUUUAUAAGCGCCCUUUCACCCGAACAGCCCAACACCCUUUCCCAAUCCCCCACAAGAAAAGAUCAAACCAGCCUUUAUUCUCUUCCUCCCGUUUUAUAUUCUCUCCCUCAAAGCCUUCCUCCUUUGCGCUGCACCACACCGUUUUUGUUCUUGGGCCACCGCGCGGAGGCGGCAGGGGGGGAGGGGGCGCGUAUUUAUGAUCAUGGGGUUCCAAGAGAAGCGCCACCAGGUGGAUAGAGGGCUCGAGAUGGAGGGCAAGGCGACGUGGGUCAUCGCCGGAAUCUCGCUGCGGUCCCCGUUGAAGCCCAUCUACACCAAGUGGGACGACGGCGGCGGCGGCGGGGAGGAGGAGGAGGAGCUGUCCACGACCCCGACGGGCGAGGAGGCGAGGAUCCCGGCUAAGUUCACGUGCCCGCCGGCCCCGAGGAAGCGGAAGCCGGCGUUGAAGUACCGCUACAACGGGGUUAGGGAGUUCUUUAAUCCUCCGGAUUUGGAGAGCGUGUUCAUGCGCAAAGCCGAGAGGGCUAACUGAUGAUUCGUGGGAGAUUUGUGUAGUUGUUAAAAAGGUUGUAUUAUGGACUCCAGUUUCUUGCUUAUUUUCUUUCCCUUCUCCUCUAACUAUUAUUUCUCUUUUUUCUCUUGUCCUCUUGUAUGCUCUUAUCUGUUUAGUAGGUAGUGGAGGCUAGUGAUGUGUACAGAACAUUUUUCAUUCAAUAAAGAUUCGCGAUUAGGCAA